AUGUAGAAAUAGCCACCUUUAUAAUCUGACCCAGAUUCUUUAGUGUACUUUAUUAUUGAGUUUAAUAUAGUGAUGCAUAUGAGUAAUUACAAUGCAAAAUGUCACAUAAUAAUUAUGAUGUAGUAGAUCAAAUUGGAUAGAUUUGUUAAAGUGUUAUGUGGGGAGAUAAGAACAAUGACACAUUUUUUGAGUAAUCAUUCUAUUUAAAAAUUAAUCUAGUUACUUUUGUGAUCAAAAGACAAUGUCAUUAUACUUAGAUUUAGUGCAUACUGGAUAAAGGGAAGUUGUAGUGGCAGUAAUUAAAGCAAUUACAAUGCUAUUACAAAAUAUAUAAAGACCAGUUUGCAUUAAUUACAUAUUAAGUCAUAGUGCAUUGAAUGGCAUAAUCACAGCAGAUUAUAAUUUUAGAGAUGAUGAAAUCAUAGCUUAUUACAUAAAUUUAUUAAAAUGUGUUUCAAUUAGGAUUGAUGAACAGAGUUUAUAAUUGUUUUAUAAUUUGGUAUGUAAUUCCAAUCUCCAUAGAAAUUUAGUACAUUUCCAAUGUUAAUGAAGGCCAUCUGUUUUUACAAGCAUAAAGAAAAUUUAAUAAGAACAAGUGUGAGAAAUAUAGUUUUAGGAAUUACUAAAAUAAACAUACCAUAAUUGCGUAGAUAUGUGAGUUCUUUUCCAUUCACAUUGUUUUAUGUUCAAUUUAGUUGUUAUAUGAGAGAUGCUCUAUUUUAUAUUGGAGGUUUAAUUUAAGAAGGAAGACAAGAAUCACAUAAAAUAAUAAAAUUAUUAUUGGAUGACUAAUUAGAUAUUUUAUACUUUUUGGAAGAUCUCUUAAAAACUAAUGUAGAUGCUUUGCCAAUAAUUGUUAAUUCAAUAAUGGUAUAUGGAUUUGUUCCAACUAUAAUAAUGGGAGUUAUUAAGAGUGGCUAAUAAUCUAUAAAAUAGAAUUAAUAACCAUAAAGAUAAUCAAUGAAUUAUUAAUAAUCUCAAAAAUAUUAACAUAAUCGUGGAUAAUCAUUAGGUAAUUUUACAUUUACUAAUAUAUUUUCAUCAUCUUAAUAAACAAAUAAUUAAUAAUAAUAAUAGAUAAUUGAUAUUAAAUUUUGCCUAUUUAUUUUAAUUCAAAUAUACAAAAGUUUUAGUUUCACUUAAUUUUUGGAUUUAUUAACAUUAUUUAUAUUAGGAAAGGAUCCUGAAAUUGUUGAUUUCAUAACUGAUUUAAGUAAUUUAUUAAUUAAUAUUUAGAUUCUAAUUCAAAAUUAAAUUCAUAUGAAAAGGAUGUUAGUAUGAGUGAAACAUGGAUAAUAAAAGAGAAAACAUUCAUUCAAGCAUAUUCUUAAUUCAUAUAUAAAGAUUGUGAAAUAAGUGGUGAUAUCAAUAUAAAUGAUAAAGAUGAAUUAUUAAAGGGAGUUUCAUCAUAUGAAACAUAAUCAAUAAAAAGAGAAUGUAUAAUUAUAUAAUUAUAUUACAAAGUAAAUUGUGAACACUUUAAACCAUUAAUAAAUGAUUCUAAAAGAUAUGAAGAUUUACUUAGUAUUACUGAUAUGUGUGAUAUAACAAUAGUAAAAUCAUAAAAUAAAAGUAAAACAUCAGCUUUGAGUUUUUUGGAGAGAAAUGAUAAAAAUAAAGUAAAUGGAAAUACAAAUAAUAAUAAAACACCAUUUUAUGCUUUAAUGAAACAUUUAGAAAGUAAUGAUGAUACUGUUGUAUUUAUGGUCUUAUUAUUCAUUAAAACAUUUAGACAUUAAAAGAAUAUAUCUCAUUCUAUUUUAGAAUAAGUUGGUAUGAUUACUCCAGAUAAAAAUAUGGAAUUGUAUAAAAAUUGUUCAGAAACUUCAUUUUUUAUGCAAGAUAAAUUAUUAGGUAUUUUAGAAACAGGAUUACCACCUUAUAGAUUAGGAACAUAUAUAUUAUCAAUUUAAAUGUUAAUUGACUUUUGUAGAACAGAUCUUGAGAGUUAUGAUUUACGUUACAAAGAUAAAUUUAAAAAUAUUGUAUUGACUCAUAUUCAAAAAAUUAAUGAAUAUAUUAAUAAUCCAUUAGAAGCUUAUUAUGUUAUUGAAUUCUUCUAUACAGAAUAUAAAGUCUUAAAGUAAUAAAAAUUUAUAUUAUUUAUAGCAAGACAUCUAUAUCAAUAUGGCCAUAAACACAUAUAUAAUUAUUAUAUGAAAUGACUCCAAAAGGUGUUUGUUAAAUUGAUAUUAAACAUAAUGAAAGUAUUUAUUUUAUGGAACCUGCAAAUAAAUAGGAUAAAGUUAGAAAAGAUAUGCUGAUUUUAUUAAUAUUGAAAUAUACAACAUCAGUUCUAAUUGGAUUUGAAGAACAAGAAUAAAAAAUACUUGACAAUCCCAAACCAUUUGGGGAUGGUCCUAAUUUGAAAUAUGUUUCAGGAAAUGUCUAUAAUUUAUAAGAAGAACCAUAUUGUUAAUUUAUUUAACAUAUAUGCAAAUAUCAAAACAUUGAUUGUUGCAUUUUAGAGGAUUCUUAUAAUUUAGUAGUCAUGGAUCUGACAUAAGGAUAGAGUGCAGCUAAGUGUAUAGUUUCACAUAAUUUGAAAUAUACAGAUGAAAUGGUAGAGAGACUUAAUUUAAAAAUGCUUCAUGUUACAUAUAGAUUUGAGAAUUAGAAUAAUGUGUUUGAUUUAGAAUUCCAGAACAAACAAUGUUGUUAAGCAGCAAAAAAAAUGACAGAAUAAAAGAAAGUAGCAUUGAGAAAAGAGGAAGUGGAUACUGUAACAACAUAUUUAUAGGCACUCAAAAAUACGUUGAAUUAUAAUAAAUGA